UCGAAUCCGAAGCAUGUGCGUCAGCUUGAAUACUGUCCAUGCAGUCACUUUCUGCGGUUUCUUGUGUUAAUGAGGGCUAGAAAAUUAAAACCCUUACCCCAGCUGGAAUUCAGUUGUACACGCUUUUUUACUGAAAAUGGCAAAGAAGGCAGACAGUGACGCAGAACUCGAGGAGCUGCGAAGACACGUCGUUGGUGACAUGACCACAUCAACCCCAGAAGUCGCUGAUCAGCAUGUCCGCUCAAAAGCUCCUUAUGUCAACCCAGUUUUUUUUAAUGUCACCAAAACUUGGGCCCCCGCUACCGUAAUGAUCUGGACCUCGUGGCAUCGACGAUGUGAGAAAGAAAUCGUUCGAUGUGUUCGAGAAGAUCCUUUGAUCAAGACAGUGUUGACUGCAAUGGAAAAGAAAGGAUGCCCAGUUGAUUUGUUGAGACAUGUGGUAUGUGAAAACUGUCAUUACCCAGGCAUACUGACAAGAGAUUAUGGAUUCUUUGAUAGAGAAAUAAACCAGAUUUAUCUGUGUGCCAAUCAAGUGCAGAAUAAGCAAAUACGCCAUGUUUUCCUUCGGGAGCUGAUAGUCGCAUAUGACCACUGUCGCGCUAAGAUAGAUGUCACUAGUGUCACUCAGGAAGCAUGCACAGAGGUACGUGCUGCCAAUCUCUCUGGAGAAUGCACAAGUCUGCGGAAGAUGUGGAAGUCUUAUCCUCUCACCACACUAGGGAAGAUAAACGGAAUGCACAAGGAAUGUGUCAGAAAGAGGGCAGUAGAUGCUUUACAGAAAUCUUUCUCAGGCAAACCCAGACGUGAGCUAAGGGCGGCUGUAGACCAGGUAUUUGAGAGGUGUUAUAAUGACCUUGACCCCCUAGGCAGACGACCCAGGAGAGGAUCGGCAGCAGACGCCGCCAAUGCUUACACGGACAGUCAGUUCAUGAACCACUGACAUCGGUUGUGGUUUUAGUCUUUGUGGAAAUUGAAAAUAAUUAUUUUUUAUUUUUUUCCUUUACAACUUGUGUAUGGCAUUUCAAAUUAUGAAGAUUUAUUACAAGAUAAUGGCUACAUGUAAGAUCAUUUGAGCUUAGAAAAUUUUAAUUGACAAUGUCGCUUUUUCAAUUUAUUGAGCUUUACUAGUGGAUCAUUAUUGAGGUUAUAUUUCCUGUUGUUCGUUUGACAUAGAUUUAAUAUGUUAUACAGUAUCUUAGUACAUGUAAAUUUUAUAUAACACACUAAAUUCAAUUUUUAUGUGAAAAUGUGCAUUUCCUAAUGCUGUUUUGGUGCAUUA